CAGACAUGGGAUUGGGAGCAGGGAGAGCAGGACUUGAUCAGCCUCAAGGGGAAAGGGCUGGUUGAUGUCUUGCUACAUGGGCUGGAACCAGGAGAGAGGUCAAGGAAAUGCUGCACAGAUGGGUGCUUUGUUGUAUUUCUCUGAAGGUGAACUUUGAAUGGGGGAUGUGCUCACUCGGAGACAGCUAUAUUUACUUACGGGUGAGAUACACAUUGUUUGGGUGAGCAAAAGCCUUUGUUCCAAGUCCCACUGCUAAAGGCCACGUGGAGUGACAAUUUGGCUCUGCAAAGCUUCCUUUUCCUUUGCUUGGGGAGUUGCUGUGUUUAGGAAAACCUGACUCCAGCAGCUGCAUCCCACUACCCCGGGUACCAGCAGCACAGCCUUCAGGUCUGGCAUCUGCUCACCGCUCCAGCCAAGCUCUUCCAUUAACUGUGUGAAGAAGACCUGACCUUUAUUUUACAUCCAGUUGCCGUGAGGAAGAGCAGCCUCAUCCCUGCUGUUGCAGGGUCUGUCCCUGGACAGCUGGGGCAAGGCCAAGACAUGUGUGUAAUGGAACUGCCACACUGCAAAGGAGUAUUUCAGAGACCCCUGUGAUCCCCUCUGAUUUGGGGUGUGAGACAAGGAGGUGAUGGCUCAGUGGUCCCCACCUCCAGAGCAGCAUCCUUCCUUGCUCUCUUGUCACAUCGAAGUGCAUUCACUGGAUCCUCACCGGGCUCUUGGCUACCCAGGUUCUUGUGGAAGAACCAGAAGCCUCCACAGUCCUGGUGAAAAAAGAAUCAUAGAAUCACUAAGGCUGAAGAAGACCUGAGAUCACUGAGGCCAACCACUAACCCAGCACUGCCAGGCCCACCACUAAUUGCCACAUCCAUGUACCUUUUGAUCAUUCCGGGGAUGGUGAUUCCACCACUUCCCUGGGCAGCCAAAUCAAGUGCAUGACCAGCCUUUCAUUGAAGAAAUUUUUCCUAAUAUCCAAUUUAAAGCUCCCCUGGCACAACUUGAGGCUGUUUCUUCUUGUCCUGUGACUUUGUUACUUGGGAGACUGACCCCCACCUGGCUACAGCCUCCUUUCCUCAGGCUUCCCACUGAUGGGUGUGUGAGCCUGACAGGCCAGUGCUGCACUGCUGAGCGUCCUCAUCCAGGGCUUGCUCACUGUGUCCUCACAUGCUUCCUCUGGAUCCCCCAUAGCGCUCAAAUCAGAAGGAUUUAUGUUCACUUGGCAGGAUAUUAAUAUUAGCUGAAAUUCCCUUUUCCACAUUGUUCUGCCAUGGUUAAUACAGAGAUCAGGGCCUCAGCCUGUAGCGCCGGGGAUGAUUUGCGAUUGAACAUCCAUUAGGGAUUUAUGGGCUUCGGGGCUGAAUUGCUGGGACAUGCGAGUGCCAAAAUACUUGAAACGCUUCCACUGGAGAGAGGAGACCUUGUGGGAAAGGAGCACUGGCUGUUCCCGUACGCAGGCGGUUCCCACUGAGCCUCCGUUACUGGCAGCGAGCACACCCAAGCCAGCAAAAUACUGUGUGGGAUCCGGAGCGCCGAUGGAGCAUGAGCUGCGUGUUGGAUGAUGGCAGGGAGUGAGCCACUGCUCCUGGUGGACAUUGGUGCUCACGGCGGGUCCCAGUCCCACGGGUUGGUCAGCGUGUGGGAUCAAUCCAGGACACUGUUAAACAUGGGCACAGUUCAUAUUAAUGUGUCUCUGCAGCCGGUUAAAACGAGGUAUGAGGUUGUUUGGAGGGAGAACUUGCUGCUUCUGCGUGUGUACCUCUGGUGUAGUGUGUCAAAUGUGAAGGGGCAGAAGGCAAGAUAUCAUUAAACACAGUGGAAGCUGGAAGAGCCGAGAGCCAAGGGCUUUAAAAGGAAAAGCAAAAGAUCCUCGAGUCCUUUGUUUCAGAGAAGCUGGGUUGUUUGCAAGGGGAUGAUCUGGGGCUAUACCUGCUUUGCAUCAGCUCUUCCCUUUGAGCAGGCACCUGUGGCUGCCCAUCCCUCCUGCCUCCCAUCCCUUUGAAGGGUUUUAACCUCUGUUUUCCCUUAAGUGAAAAAGAUGAACCUUGCUGAGGGGUUUGCCAGCAGGUUUUCCUUGGGAAUCAUUCACUCACUGGGCGGCUGGUUCUUCUCAUGGCUGUGCUGGCCCAGAGCUCAGCAGCUGGGCCUGUAGGAGCCACACAGCCAAAACCAGCCCAAAAUCACCCUCCAGAAAUACCAUAUGAAGUCUUAUCCAGUCAUGGUGAGAUCAUCUCAGGGGGAAGAAGAUCCCACAAACAAAGUGAUGGGUGGGAUCAUCACUGGAAAAGCAUGUCGAGCACCAGGGGGAGAGCAGGUUUCCCAGCCCAUCUUGCAGGAUCAUUUGCAAAGUUUGAGCAAAGAUUCCAGCUGCUGUGGUCCAGCUGGGGAGGUGGGGAGGGUCAGCUACUUUGGGAGUUUUGGUAUUGUCUGCACUGAAUCACACCUAAAAUGCUGCUGGGAGGCAGGUCCUGCCUUGCUCCCAUCCCUCAGCCAAGCUUCCUGCCUCCAUCAGCUGCUAAAAUCUGAUUUCCUCAGUGGGAACUGGAAAUUUGCCCCCACCCCAGAAUAUCCCACUAAUCCUGCUGCAGCCCAAGUAUGUUUUGAACUUUGCAGGAAUAUCCCUGCAGGGCUCUGGAGUGGCAUUACCCCAUUUUUUAUGGAGGAAAAAAAAUUAGGAGUGAUGGAACAUGGUUGAUGGGAAAAGUCCAUGAUUUUACCAGCCAGACUGGGCACAUUCAGCAGAGCAGCCCUGCAUCCUCUAAAUCCUCACCUGGCUUUUUUUCCCCCUUUGCUGUUUGGCUUUUUCAUUCCUGGGUGCCACUGGAGAAGCAGGAGCUGGCAAGCAGGUUGUAACUGCUGCUCAGGCAUGGAGGAGCCCGUUGUCAGCACCCAGGUGCUGUGAUGAGCUGGUCAGUGCUCAGCUCACCUCCCUGAUCUCGCGUGUCUCAUUACAUCAGAGUGAAAAAAAUCCGGAGGGGAAAGUUUCUGUCUGCUGGGGCAUCAUGAGAAGAGGUGAGGGGGUGCCUGCUGGCCUGGCUCGUGUUACUUAUGUGCUUAUGUUCUAUUUUGAGGCUCUGGCCACGCGACUCUAAGCAGCCUCUGACUGGGGGAAGGACCAGCUUCAAAACAAGAGUCCGCCUCGCUCCCUGCUGGGAUUUAUGGAGGUGCUGAGGAGCAGCUGUGAUCCCCGGAGCCCCCGGCAGUGCUCCCCGUGAAGCAGCGCCCGGCCCGCCCUCACCUCGUCCCGCCCGGCAUCCCGACCCUCCGACCCAACCAUUCACGGCUCCCGUGCAUGGAUCGCCCCAGCGAGGCACCGCUGCCGGACGCCGCCGACGCCGCCCCGUAGGCUCCCGGCCCCCCGUGCCGCCCCCAAGUACUCCACAUACCCCGAUGGGGUAACGUGACGGGGGCCACCCUCCCGCCACCACCACCCCCCCAUAUGCAGAGGCCUUUCUAGAGCGCCCGGGAGCACGCGGCACUGGAGGCGGCGGCCGCUCGCCAUUGCACACACACACGCUGAGGACACCGACACUACAGCAAAGGGAUUUUUUUUUUUUUUUAAUUAUUAUUAUCAUUAAUAUUAUUUUUUUUUUCCUGCCUGGCUUUUUUGCCCUCCCCCUCCAGGGAGGGGGCUUGCGGUGUGUCAGGAAGCCGGCGCGCUCCCAGGAGCUGGGAUUAUUUGCACAACGUCUGUAUAUUGAGUUCUCGAUCCUGUUUUAUUUUUAUUUUUGAAGCGCUGAAGGGUUGCAGGGGAGGGGGGGGAUUGUUUUUUUUUUUUUGCCCCUCCACGCCACACUUUUCUUGGGCUUGUCCCCCGCCGCUGUCAGCAGCACCUCACCCUCCCCUUGUCCCACCAUGGCCCGGAUGAACCGCCCUGCACCGGUGGAGGUCUGCUACAAAAACAUGAGGUUCCUCAUCACCCACAACCCCACCAAUGCCACACUCAACACCUUCUUGGAGGACCUGAAGAAAUACGGUGCCACCACGGUUGUGCGAGUGUGUGAAGUGACCUAUGACAAGACCCCCCUGGAGAAGGACGGCAUCACCGUCAUGGAUUGGCCCUUUGAUGAUGGAGCACCUCCUCCCAGUAAGAUAGUGGAAGACUGGCUCAACUUGCUGAAGACCAAGUUCUGCGAGGACCCCGGGUGCUGCGUGGCCGUGCACUGUGUGGCCGGGCUGGGGCGUGCUCCUGUCCUUGUUGCACUGGCCUUGAUCGAGAGCGGGAUGAAGUAUGAGGAUGCCAUCCAGUUCAUCCGACAGAAGCGCAGAGGAGCCAUCAACAGCAAGCAGCUGACGUACUUGGAAAAAUACCGACCAAAGCAGAGACUCCGAUUUAAGGACCCUCACAACCACAAGAACAAAUGCUGCAUCAUGUAACCUCAAUGACCUCUUGCCAAAACCCGUGCACACAGACACCCCGGGCACUCGCACACACCCCACCCCGUCACCCCCUCGCCCAGCCCUGCGCUCCCACCGCCACUGCCAGGGCUGCAGUGGGGGGACAUGGAGCAUCACCAGUGUGUUCCAGCACCCACAGCACAGCCCCAGGAAAGGCUGUUCUCUCCAGCUGCAGCCCCGAGGAAGGAAGGCAGCGCUGCCCAUUGACUCUUGGCGUUAGCAGGCAAUGAGCUGGUGCGACGGUUCUUCAUCACCUUCCUCCUCCUCCCUCUCCCCUCCCCGUUGCACUGAGAGGGGCAGGACGAAGGGUGCUUGGUUUGGGGUGAUGCAGGCAGGGCUGUGACAGCUUAGAAGGGGUGGGAGGGGGCAGGAGGGCCAGAACACCCCUGGAAAAUCUCUUUCCCACCUCCUUCCUAUAAAUAAGGGCUGCAGCAGCGAGGAUGGAGUUGGGGAUGGCGUGGUGGCCUCGGGGGAAGGUGGUGAUGGCAGGGAGAGGUGACAGGUUCUUAGCUCAGUGAUCCCCUUGUUUUCACGGGAAGGGCUGAGCUAAGACCCCCAGCACCGUUCCCCUUCUCCUGGCUCCUCUGCCACUUCACCAUCCCCCUGUUGCCUCAGUGGCAGCUGGGAUGAUGCAGAUGCGGCUCGCUGGGAGUUUGCUGCAGCGAGGGCAGAGCCACUGGGGACCUCGGGGACCGUGUCAGGGCUUUGAAGCACCAGCUUUGCCAGGAUCAAUGCAGGAUCAGCACUGAAUCCACCAAAGUGUUGGAUGCACUUACAGCUUCCAAAUUCAGUGCACAGGGCAAUGGGUUCUCUGCUGUCGUGUCCCCAUCCCUGAGUCGUGGUGCAAACCCCAGUGCUGGGAGCGAUGCCGUGGGGACACAAUGUGCAGCUCAGGGCACAUCCAUGUCCUCCACCACUGGCCAAGGGGCUGGGCUGCGUCCUUCCUAGGGGAUUUGGGGUGUUCCUGGCAAGAGCACAUCACCAAAUUUUGCACCUGCCUUUUCCAUAUCUGUAACGAGGCGCCUGACACCCCGAAUUCCCCCAGCAUGUGCCCUGGUGGGGUGGACUCAGAGCUACCCCUUAGCUGGGACAUUCAACAUCUCUCAACUUUCUGCCUUUGAACGCUUGCAGCAGCUGGAGCAGUGGGCACACAGGGGGUGUGGGGUUUUUUUUUCCUUUUAACAAGGAUAAAAAGAAAUUUGCUAAUUAAAGGAAAAAAAAAAACUUUAAAAAAUACCCUGUUUGUCUUCCGCACGUCCUCUGGCCUUUCUUUCUCCCAUCGCUGCCCAGUGGAGCCCAGGAGGUGACCCAUGGUCCCCCAGACUGAUCUCCAGCACCAGGUCCUAGCUGGCUGCCACCCACUGUCACCAGGGCACAUAUGGGGCCAAGUGGAAGCUCCAGGUAUCCCUUGGACUUGGUGCUGCUCACCCUCAGCUGCAGAGGAGCCCAGUUGCUGGGCAAGGAGGGCUGAUCAUCCACCUUGUGUGGUUUUAGGCUGCCCAGCUUGUGAUGCCUUCAGUGCCCUGUGUUGGGUAUCUCCAAAGGUUUGUGUGCCUUCCGAAAUGUAGAUAUCCAGAGAUGUUUGCUUCAGAGGGUUCAUCCCUUGGGAAAGGUGGUGAGGAAGGCUGGUGAGACACCUGCAGUACCUGCAGAAGGGUAGGGAAUGGCUUUGUACCAUGAUGUGGGUGGGCAGAGGUGUUUGUAGCAGUUUCCAGCACCGCUUCUCCUGUCCUGAUGGGAGCCAGCCCCGCUGCACUUCAGGGAUGGCCAUCCCAUGGGAUAGGCUGUGGUGCCAAGUGAGGUGGGGACCCUCCACACGUGGUUCUGGAGUUGUCAUGUCACACACCUUAGGCCUGUCCAAGCCUCCACAUUGUGGGACAGCCCUUAGUCCCUUGAGUUUUCACCUGCCUUGUUCCAGGCUAUUGGUUCCCCUGACUUGUGGAGAGGGCAGCAAUGGCUGAAGGGUGUGUGUUUGUUGGGAAAAGUGAGAAACUGAGCUGAUGAGAAGGCCUGACUCUGUAUUAGAGCACUCUGUUGGACAGGUCACCAUUCCCUUCCUGCCCAAGUCUGUCCUGCUGCUAAAAUAGGUGCUGCUUCAUCCCCAGGGACAUGUAGGAGGUAGCUUGGCAUUACAACAGGGAUAGCCCCUAUCCCUCCUAGCCAGGAAGCCUCUCAAUCCCAUGUCCUUCCUUGUGGGAACCAUUGCUUUCUAGGCUUGGAGAUGCAGUUUUCUUCACCCAUGCCUGUGGGAGCAUCACAUGGAACGUUGCCCAGGGCAAGUGGUCCAGGGAUUCGUCCACAAUGCCUAUGAGUGGAGUCAGGCCGGGGAUGGAAGGGCUUGAAUUCAGCCUCCUUUGGCCACUCCUGAGCAAGAGUUCACUCAGACCUCAUCUUGGUGGGCUGUUCUGGGGGAAACACGAGGAGGACAGGCUUUGCUUUAUGUAGCAUCAAACCAAUCACCUUAAAAAUUGGGAGCUUCAAGCAGUCCUUGACCUGGUACAAUCCAUGUGGCCAAACCCUGAGCGCCUCUGGCUGGCAGAGUGGCACCUUGAUGCUUCUCAGUCUAUGAAUCAUGGCAAAAAAAAACCAAAAUCAUGCUGCUUUAAUUGUCCUCAUUUUUUUCUUUUUUUUCUUUUUUUUUUUAUGGGUAUCUUCCCCCUCCCAUCCUGCAAUGUGCUGUCACCUCCCUGUGUGCUGCUCCAUGAACAGAACACCUUGGCAGCCCAGGAGCUCCUGUCCUUGCCUGGAGGGCUGAAUCCAAGGUUUCUCUGGGUUGGACUGCAAAAUAUUGGGGAUUUUUUUUUGUUAUUGACGUGGGCUCCUUCCUCUGAGAAACUUCCAGCUCCUCAAUGUUUCAGCCUAGGGUGCUUUAGAAAAGGGGAAAUUAGGUGAUCUUCCAAGGGGGAUUUGGGUUAGAAAUCUCAAAGAAGAACCCAAGACAAAAGUCUUGAGACAGUUGGGCAAGAGGGAAGGUUGAAGCUCAGUAGACACAGCAGCAGAGUGAGGCUAAGCAACCAAGGGCUCAUGGCUUGGUCGUGGGGUCUCUCCUUGUAUGUUAAUCCUUGUUUCACCUUAGAUGCCAAGAUGUUGAAAGGAGAACCUUAAAAAUCUGAUGUGCUUGCCAACUCUGUUAUUGCUGCUUGUUUCCAUUGUGUCCUGGCAGAUGUCACAGGGAACAGACACCCCACGGCUUUGGCUACAAACCAGCCACCUCAUCCUGCCCUUCUCUGAAGAAACAAAGGCUCAAAUUGGGUUUUAUACCUCCUCACACCUAUCCACCCUCUCACCCCCUCCAUGUAAAGCCACUGUCCUUCCUUAAUUUACAGGGACAGGGCUCCAGACCCAAGAGAUGGCAAAGCCGAGAUGCCCCAAGCAUCGAAAGAAGAGAUUUUGCGCUUUACCCAGCAAUCUAGUCGUGGCUGAACCUUGUGUGUGGGGAUAAAUCUGAGCAGGAAUUCCUGGUUGUGUCCUCUCACACGUGUGCUCUUCCAUGUCCCUUCUGUUCUUCAUUUUCCGGUAGCAUGGAGCACGUGGAGGAGGUGGUGGUGGGAAGACAGGCAAUGUGGCCAUCAUAGAUGUCCAGCUCUUUAUUAAGAGAGUUCUGUUGACACAUAUUUGAAGACUUUGCAUUUGUAAAUUCAUGGUAUGAGUCUUGCAAUCAGGCUGACACUGUGGUGCUUGGGCUGGGAGCUUUGGAUGAGGAGGUUUAUGAGGAACAGAUUUCCUGAGAAAGCAGAGAGUCUUCUUGCUCUAUCCACAAUAGAACGAGUCCUUUUUUUUUUUUUCAUUGGAUUUGUUUGGUUUUUAUUAGUCCCAGUGGGAAAGCACACAGGGAGAUUCGUGACUUCCAUGCAGUUUCCAAGGUCUUACAUCUUCAUUGCUUCCAGCACGCUAGGUAGGUGCAGUUUGGCGGGUGGGUUUGGAUGGGAUACUGUCUGGUGGGAGAAAGAUGUGGCUGGUUUCUUAGCAGUGGGGGGAUCCUGGGCCAGCUGUGGUCCUGCUCACAGGCUCUAGCAGACAUUCCCGGGAAGGGGGGCAUUCCACCGAGCUCGGCUUCCCUUCAGAGGAUGAUCUCCCAAUGAAUUCUCCCCUUCCCUGCUGUUCCUUUUUGUUCAACAAAGAGCUGCAUAUUUUCCUUUUUAACCCCCUGGGCAAUCAUAGUAGUAUGUAGAUCAAGCCCAGAUGACUUUUUUUUUUGUUGUUGGUUUUGUUGGUUUUUUUUUUUGGUCUGAGCCAUAGCUAAAUUAUUAUACCCAACGCUUUUUGUAUCAGAUGGCAUCACUUUGAAUAUGCAGAUGAGGUAUAGCAUCUUGACACUUUAUAACCUUUUUAAAAAGAAACUUGUCUGUUUACUUAACGUCUUGUGUAAAAAGGAAAAAAAAAAGAAAACAAUGUAUGCCUUCAGUAAUCACUUUUUUGUUGUUGUUUUUUGAGUUUUAUGAAAUUACGGUGGUUACACUCCAGCAGCGAAAUAAAAAAGCGUUCACUGUUUUGUACA